AUGGAUAAGUACGGCGUGAAGACCCCCUUGUGCAAGAAGGAACUAGAAGAGCCCCGGGCCAGGGGGGCGGGGCAGGAGGAAGCAGAGGACGGGUCGGAGGACGAGGAGGAGGAGAGGCCAUCCGAGGAGAGAGCGGCCCAGGGCGAGGAGGAGCCCCGGGCGGCGGCCGAGGGCGAGGGCCGCGAGCGUCGCUCGGUGUCCUACUGCCCGCUGCGCCAGGAGUGCAGCAGCCAGCAGGUGGCGCUGCUGCGGAUCGCCGACGGCGGCUUCUGGAGCUGGCUCAGCCCCUUCGUGCUGCUUGGCGGCCUGGCGGCUCCCGCCGACAGGAAGCGGGGCCUCCGGGAGGAGCCGUGCGUGCUGGAGACGCGGCGGAGGCCGCCGCGCCGCGGGGUCUGUGCGCGCUGUGAGAUCCUUUUCUGCAAGAAGUGCAGGAGUCUGCACAGCCACCCGGCCUACGUGGCGCACUGCGUUCUGGAUCACCCGGAUCUGGGUAAGGCGGGGGCCGCCGAAGGCUCCUGA